AUGGCUGCCGACACGAGAGAACCUCAACAGCCCGCCGAGCUGCCCAAGGGCAUCGUCCUAGACAAGGAUGGCAAGCCCUGUCGAUCAUGCACCUCUAAGAAAGAUUUUGCUAUGUGGUCUCAGAUGACAAGGUCGUCGCUCAAGGCUGGAGGCGGCAUCACCGCCUUCUCCCAGCGCCGCGCUCCUGCGGAUGACUGUCCGGCCGAUGUUGAGGCACUCGGCCGAAGCACCUGGACACUACUGCACUCGAUCGCGGCGACAUAUCCCGAGGCGCCUAACGCGGCUCAGCAGUCCGAUCUCGACAGCUUCAUGAGAGCUUUCUCACGCCUAUACCCGUGCUGGGUGUGCGCCGAAGAUUUCCAGCGGUACAUGGCGAAGGAGCCGAUCCGGCUCGGCAGCCGGGACGAGUUCGGCAAGUGGCUCUGCGAGGCGCACAACGCCGUCAACGUGAAACUGGGCAAGGACACGUUCGACUGCUCCCUGUGGGAGGAGAGCACGGACGCCCUGACGCGCAACCUCAAAAAGCCGGUGACGGUGGCUGACUACCUCUUCACGCGGCUGCGUCAAGUCGGUAUCAGCUCUGUCCACGGCCUGCCCGGCGACUUCAACCUCGUCGCCCUCGACUACCUGCUGCGCUCCGGGCUGAAUUGGGUGGGAAAUUGCAACGAGCUGAACGCCGCCUAUGCUGCCGACGGUUACGCGCGCGUCAAGGGCAUCGGCGCCAUCGUAACCACCUUCGGCGUCGGUGAGCUUUCCGCCGUCAACGGCAUCGCCGGCGCUUACAGCGAGCACGUCCCUAUUGUACACAUUGUCGGCUGCCCCAGCACCGUCUCCCAGCGCGAUGGCCUACUCCUACACCACACCCUCGGCAACGGCGAUUUCAACGUCUUCGCCGACAUGAGUGCCAAAAUCUCCUGUGCCGUCACCCGCCUCAACGACCCCGCCGACAUUGCCGCCCAGAUAGACUUCGCCCUGCGCGAGUGCUAUUUCCGCAGCCGUCCCGUCUACAUCAUGCUGCCGACUGACAUGGUCGAGCGCAAGAUCGAGGGUACGCACCUCGAUACCCUCAUCGACCUCUCUGAUCCCGCCAACGACGCCGCGCGCGAGAACUAUGUCGUUGACAUCGUCCUGAAGUCCCUGCAUGCCGCCCAGCGGCCCGUCAUCCUUGUUGACGCCUGCGCCGUCCGCCACCACGUCCUCGGAGAGGUGCACGACCUCAUCGAGAAGACCGGCCUACCCGUCUUCGUCACCCCGAUGGGGAAGAGCGCCAUCAACGAGGCCCACCCCAGCUACGGCGGCGUCUACGCCGGCUCCGCCUCGCACCCGGACGUCAAGGAGAUGGUCGAGAGCUCCGACCUCGUGCUGGCGGUCGGCUCGCUCAAGAGCGACUUCAACACCGCCGGCUUCUCCUAUCGCCUCUCACAGCUCUCCACUAUCGACCUACAUAGCGACCAUUGCAUCGUCCGCUACUCUGAGUACCCGGGCGUCCGCAUGAAGGGCGUUCUGCGCCGCGUCGUCGAGCGGCUCGACGUAUCCCAGAUCAAGGUCCUGCCACCGCCGCCCUUCCCGAGCCACAACCAUACAACCACUUCGGAUGAGGCCACCGACGUCAUCAGCCAGAAGUGGCUGUGGGAAAACGUCGGUCGCUUGCUGCGCGAAGAUGACAUCGUCGUCACCGAAACGGGAACCGCCAACUUCGGCAUUUGGGACACGCGCUUCCCGACAGGCGUCACCGCGCUGAACCAGACGCUGUGGGGCAGCAUCGGGUGGGCCGUGGGUGCGUGCCAAGGGGCCGCACUGGCGACGAAGGACAUCGCGACGGAGACGGAAGGGCGGCGGCGGCGGACGAUCCUGUUCGAGGGUGACGGCAGCCUACAACUAUCAGUUCAGGAAGUGAGCACGAUGAUUCGGCAAGGGCUCGACGUGAUCCUGUUCGUGAUCUGCAACGAGGGCUACACGAUUGAGCGGUUCAUCCACGGGAUGGAGGCGGCGUACAACGACAUCGCGCCAUGGUCGCACCGGGACCUGCUGACCGCGUUCGGUGCGGGAAAGACAGAGGCGAAGGCGUACGAGGUACGCACGCGCAGCCAAUUUGAGGCGUUGCUGGAGGACACCGAAUUCACCGACGGCAAGGGCCUCCGGCUCGUCGAGCUAUACACACCACGCACCGACGGUCCUAAGAGCAUGCAUGUGACGGCGCAGGCGAGCGCUAAGAGGAACGCCGCCACGGAGUGA